UAUAACUUUAUAAAAGAACCACCCCUUUUUUCGGAAGUCUUCUGGGAGGAAUCUUUGGAGAUCAAGGAAACUGACUACCAAUCAGAUAAAUAUUCAUGAACUUCAGUAUCUUCCAAAACACAAAACCACGUAUUAUCUCGUAUAUCAAGGAAGAAUCAAGGAAAAAUGCCUGGAGAAGACUACGAAGAGGAAGAAGAACAGAUGCCAUUGCUGCAGACCUCAGCUCUUAAACUCACUGGAAACGUAUGGACAGCCCUAGCACAUUUGAUAGCUGGAGUGAUAGGGUCAGGGGUUUUAUCAAUGGCUUGGAGCAUGGCACAGCUGGGUUGGAUUGCUGGGCCACUAUCUAUUAUACUCAUUGCAUUCUUCUCCCUUGUGUCUGCCUUCCUUAUCAGCAACAUUCAACUCUGUUCCAACCACCCUAGCAUUACCAUAAACCGCUCCUACCUGCAGGCUGUUCACACGAUUUUAGGAUAUAAGAAUGGAUUGAUAUGUGGAUGCUUGGUAUACUUCAGUCUAUUCAAAACAGGAGUUGUCUAUGUAAUCACAUCCGGAAUCUGCAUGAGAGCAAUUAGGCAAUCAAAUUGUUACCAUGAAGAAGGGCAUGAGGGUGAUUGUGAAUACAAGAAUGAAUACUAUAUGGUUGCUUUUGGUAUUGUUGAAAUAUUGGCUUCUCAAAUACCCAACAUUUUUCAUACGAAAUGGAUCUCAAUUAUUGCUGCAGCCAUGUCCCUGACCUAUUCCUGUAUUGGAAUAGGACUUGGGAUAGCCCAAGUAAUAGGACAAGGGAGGAUUGAAGGGAGCAUGAAUGGAAUCUCAACUAGUAAUCCAAGUCAGAAAGUAUGGUUGGUUGGCGAAGCUAUUGGGGAUAUUUCAUUUUCGUUUACAUAUUCAUUAAUCCUUCUUGAGAUACAGAGCACUUUGAAGUCACCUCCGCCUCAAAAAGAGACCAUGAAGAAGGUGUCCACUAUUGGAGUCCUUAUAACUGCUUCCUUGUACAUCUGCUGUGGUGCAUCUGGGUAUGCAGCCUUUGGAGAUUCAACUCCUGGGAAUCUCUUGACUGGGUUUGGAUUUUAUGAACCGUAUUGGCUUGUAGACUUUGGUAAUGCAUGCAUUGUUCUCCACUUAGUUGGCGGUUAUCAGAUAUAUAGUCAGACAUUGUUUGCUAUUGUGGAAGGAUGGUAUGCGGAAAAGUUCCAGAUAAUCACAAGGGAAAUGGAUGUUGGGAUUGGGAGUUUGAGAGUGAACCCUUUUAGGUUAUGUUUUCGAACUACAUAUGUUGUUUUGACAACGACAGUAGCGAUUUUAUUCCCUUACUUCAAUCAAGUCCUCGCCUUUUCAGGAUCAAUCAUCUUUUGGCCCUUGACCAUAUAUUUCCCUGUUGAGAUGUACUUUCUGCACAACAGGAUUCUCCCUUGGACAACCACCUGGAUUCUUCUUCGUAUUUAUACCAUUUUUUGUAUGCUUCUAACAAUUUUUACUUUCGCUGCUUCCCUUCAAGGAUUGGUUUCCAAAAGAUUUGUUUUCAAAUAAACAGAAAUGGUCCCUGAGAGAGAAAAAGUUACAUAAAUAGUCCCUGUUGUUAAAUUUUUUUUUCUUCGAAUUCGGAUUCAUGGCAGCCCACCCGAUAUUCAGGUUUUAUAUUAGUCCCUUUUUUUUAUUUCUUCUCAAAUUUGGUCCAAGCUUUUUUUAAAAGUUUUCCAACUUUAUUUUUAUAUAUUUUUCUAAAACUUGGUUUGUUUUGAUAAAUAAUUUUUCCUUUUAAAUCUUUUUUUACAACUGUGUUUUUACAAAUUCAUUUUACAAAAUCGACAUUCUAUUUGUUUACUUUAUAUAUUCUUGUGUAGAUUUUUCCUUUUAAAAGUUUAUUCUUUUUCAAUUCACUUCCUAUCUUUUUACAAAACAAAUUUCAUAUAUGUAGGUUGUAAAAAUAUGUAAUUUUUUUUAAAUAGUUGUUUUCACCAACCAAUAUGCAUUAUUAUGUAUAAUUAUUCGUAAUAUACUAUAAAUCAUGUCUUUUUAUAGUUGCUAGAGUUUUAAUAAAUACAAUGUUGUAAUUGUGUAUGUAUUUGUGACAAAUGUAUUUUUGCACGACUUUGUCUUUGUGUACGUAUGUGUGACUUUAUCAUGUAUGUGUGUAUGUAUGGAUGUGUAUGUGUGUGGCAAAAAUGAAUAUACAUUGCUAUUUCUAUU